UUACUAAAUUGUCGUUCAAGUGAGCAACAGUUAAAAAGCGUAAAUUUGACUUCCAAAAAUAGACGAUCCCUGUUAAUCGUUAGUGCAGUCCAGCUUGUAGUCAGUGGUCCAACCUGGGGCUAACUGCCAGAACCAGUGGCGUAGCCCGACCAAUACCGUCUAGCUUGUUUGCUAUCAGAUUUUGACCGCUGAGUCGGGUGUGUUAGAGGGUGUAUCGACUCGUUUUGGGCUUCACUUUUGUCGACCUGUCACAGGAAGAUGCUGCGCUUGAGGGCGGCUGUGUGCCAGUCUUGGCGGGGGUUCAAAACGUUCCCUUGUGCAGCGGUGGAGGUGAAAAAUGAACCAAUCCUGAGCUUCACAGAAGGGAGUGCAGAAAGAAAAGAGCUGCUGAAGGCCUUGGACAGUCUGAAGGGGAAGACGGAGGAGAUCCCCUGCGUGGUUGGAGACGAACAUGUGUGGACCAAAGACAUCAGAUAUCAGUUAUGUCCGUUCAAUCACUCGCACAAGGUGGCAAAGUUCUGCUAUGCUGACAAGGAGCUUAUCAACAAGGCCAUCCUGGCCUCUGUGGCAGCGAGGAGAGAGUGGGACCUGAAGCCCGUCCAGGACAGAGCCCAGAUUCUCUUCAAGGCAGCCGAUGUCAUCAGUGGACCCAAGAGAGCCGAAAUCCUCGCCAAGACCAUGAUUGGACAGGGCAAGACGGUGGUCCAGGCGGAGAUCGACGCCGCCGCAGAGCUGAUUGACUUCUUCAGGUUUAACGCCAAACACGCCAUUGAGCUGCAGAAGCAGCAGCCGCUGAAUGCUGAGGGGAGCACUAACACCAUGCUCUAUCGUGGACUGGAGGGCUUUGUAGCAGCUGUGGCCCCUUUUAACUUCACUGCUAUUGGUGGGAACCUGGCAGGUACCCCAGCUCUGAUGGGUAACGUCGUGCUGUGGAAGCCCAGUGACACGGCCAUGUCUGCCAGCUACGCAGUCUACAGAGUCCUGAGGGAGUGCGGCCUGCCCCCAAACAUCAUCCAGUUUCUGCCGGCUGACGGUCCAGUGUUUGGAGACACCAUCACCUCCUCUGAGCACCUGGCAGGCAUCAACUUCACCGGCAGCGUCCCGACAUUCAAGCGUCUUUGGAAGCAGGUCGCCCAGAACCUGGACACCUACAGGAACUUCCCUCGACUGGCAGGAGAGUGCGGCGGGAAGAAUUUCCACUUCGUCCACAAGUCAGCGAACGUCGGGAGUGUGGUGAAGGGGACGAUUCGCUCAGCGUUUGAGUACGGCGGUCAGAAGUGCUCGGCCUGCUCCAGGAUGUACGUGCCAGACAGCAUGUGGCCGCAGAUCAAGCAGGAGCUGCUGGACAUCCACAGGAACAUCAGAGUGGGAGACCCGGUGGAAGACUUCAGCACCUUCUUCUCAGCUGUGAUCGAUGACAAGUCAUUCGCCCGGAUAAAGAAGUGGCUCGACCACGCCAAGUCUUCAUCCAACUUGAAAGUCCUCGCUGGGGGCAGCUGUGACGACAGGAAGGGUUACUUUGUGGAGCCGACCAUCGUGGAGACCGCAGACCCACAGGACGCCAUCAUGAACGAGGAGAUCUUUGGACCCGUUCUGACUGUUUAUGUUUAUCCUGAGAAGAACUACAAGGAGGUUCUGCAGCUGAUAGACAACACGUCGCCGUACGCCCUGACAGGAGCCGUGUUCGCUCAGGACAGGAAUGUGAUCGAGGAGGCGGCCAAAGCCUUGAGGAACGCCGCGGGGAACUACUACGUCAACGAUAAAUCCACCGGCUCCAUCGUCGCCCAGCAGCCAUUUGGUGGCGCCAGAGCGUCAGGAACCAACGACAAACCCGGAGGUGCGCAUUACGUCCUGAGGUGGACGUCGCCGCAGGUGGUGAAGCAGACCCACGUCCCCCUCACAGACUGGAAGUACCCCUACAUGGGCUGAGUCCAGGUCCAGUCAGAGCCUCCGUCCCUCCCGCCCUCAGCUGAUUCUCCAAUCAAGACUGCUGUGAAAUGAGUUUGCACCGAGCGUCUGAGAGCCAGCGAGCUGAGCGAACGUCUUCCUUCCAUAAACCGUCACGCUGCAGCAGAUCAGUUUCAGCCUUUGGCUGCUGGUUCGUCACUCACACCGAAUCCUCUUGAAUCCAUCAGAACCUUCAGGAUCCACAAACCAACAAACUGACAUCCUGCUGCAAAUACUUUUAGCCCUUUUUUUAUUGGAAUCAAACCAGAUCUCAAACAGU